AAUGAAAAGCAGGGCAGCACAGCGUGACGGGCAUCUGGCGGCGCAGCAGACGACGCGCGAUCGACCUUCAGUUGUGGUGAGGCGCUGGCGAGGAAGAGAUUCACUGUGACUGUUUUUCGUGCUUUCCGAGGGAAUUACAUUGACUAAAUCGCCUUUUUUCUUCCACGAUGAAGCAGCUGUCGUUAUUGGUGUUGUGUGGUGUCGUCGGCGUUUGUCUGGGUGCUGGAGGCGCAGUGUCUGGGAGUUCAAGUGCAGGAGUAGGUUCAGUGACAGAGACGGAAGAUACUCGUGUACUACAUGAGGGUUCUCCCCUAUCUCUAACCUGCACCCAGAACCUCACAAAUGUAGAUACUGUUUGGACCAAAGACGGAGAGACAGUCACUGAGAAUGACCACAUAAAGGUUUUCAAAAACACCACCCUCUACAUUGCUUCUGCUGCAGUGACUGACAUUGGAGAGUACACUUGUGAACACAGCGGCCAGGACGAGCCUAAAGUCUUCAAUGUUGUUCAACUGAAGCUCCAUAAAGAACUCCCAAAGUCCACCACUGUUUUGGAGAAUGACAAGUUGGCUCUUUCCUGUCAGGUUGAAGGCAACCCACCCCCCACAGUCCAGUGGCUAAAGAAUGGUGAACUCAUGGAAGACUCUAUCAACUCCACCAGACUUAUUUUCUCUGAAAAUGAGCACAAAAUCCCCAAUGCCAGUCUGCUGAUCAAACCCAUCCUCAAGUCAGAUAUUGGAAACUACAUUUGCCUGAUUAAGCAGUAUUCUCUUCAGCUGAACACCACCACGGAAGUGCGUGUGAAAGACAUCUAUGCUGCCUUGUGGCCAUUCCUUGCCAUCGUUGCUGAGGUGAUUAUCCUGUGCGUCAUUAUUUUCAUCUACGAGAAACGUCGCAUCAAGGCUAACUUCGAUGAUUCUGAUUCAGAUCCUGCCCCAGACCAAAAAAGUGUUGCCGACCACAACAAAGAUGCCGAAGUUCGCCAGAGGAAGUAGGCUGUGAUGUGGUGAUAUUCUUAUCACUGAAGGAGAUGGUGUUUAGGAGGAAAAUAAGUUUGUGAUAUUUUUAGAAGUUGAAGGUGCCAUAAAAAAAAGGGGGGGAUGGGACUUCAUAAAAGAAAUUGACAGAUUUUUAUAAUUUUAGGAUCUCUGUUUUAUACUUUUUCCAUUAUUGGAUUGAAUGCCCAAAGAAAGUAUAAAUAAACAACCCUAAAAUCAAAGUUGGAAGUCACACUUGUCAUCCAGAUACCUUGUUCAGAGCAAAAAGGACAAUCUGGCAAUAAAGUCAUGAAAUAUGGCAAACACCCCAGAUGGCGUGUAUAUUGUUGCAUGUUGGGAGGAAUUCUGUGAUGUGAGGAAAGUGGAUGUGAAACUGGAAUGACUUGAUUUUUUUUAAUUGGUAUGUGACUGAAUAUAUAUAAACUUAUAAAUGUAAAGUUGUGGUUGUGGAUGAUAUUUUGAUCACACACACACACAUAUUAUGGUAUAUCAAGUAAAAAUUCACCUAUUUUAUCAUGGCUAUUGAAAUGUAUUCCACCCCUUAUACUGUGUAGAAAGCAAGAUAUCAUAUUGGAUAUUGAGUUAUGAAUAUAUCAUACAGUGAAAAUUGAAGUGCCAGUUGCUCUGCAGAUGCUUUGUCAAUAUAAUAUUACUUUGUGUAAUGGAGUAUUAGAUUUUUAUUUAUCAUGAUGCUAUCUUUCAGUGUCUUUCAUGUUUUGUUUAGAAAUGUACUGAGUGUCAGGAAUUAACUUCCCUUUUGGUACUGUAUAUUGAAUGUGUUGUGAGAGAUUUUUUUUUUUUUUGUCUCAUUUGGACUGCCUGGAAUAAGGAUAAAAGUUAUAUAUUUAACAUCUUUCUCAGUUUUUAUAGUGUCAGUAUGUGAUGAUUACAUGUCCUCUCUCUGUCCAAAAUAUAUAUAUAUAUAUAACGUUUUGAAAAUGAAAUACCAUUGUUGUAUGAGUGCAUUUUCUACCUUUGAAUGGAGAUGAACUUUUGUGGAUAUGCAGUUCUAAUGCAUUUCCUUUUACUAUUCUUUCUUUUUAUAAUUUUUUGCUUUCUCCUCAAAGGCAGUCCCUAUAUAAUGGAACAGAUGUUUUUUUUGUUUGUUUUUUUUAUGAUGCUAUUAUGUAUAAUUUAAGGCUUGUAUGUUGAUGCUUCAUAGAAUUAUUUCCUUCCAAAAAAAGUCUGUAUUAACUUUCUCUUUUAUUCCUCAAAUUAGAGAAUUCACAAGAACAGUCUUUGAAAGGUAUAGGUACUCGUAUUGAUUUCAUAUUCACUCCUAGGAAUGUAGUAAUAGUAGUAGUAGUAGCAGCUAAGCACUAUUAUCGGGAAACAGCAAUAACAAGGAGAAAGUAUCUUCGAAAAAGUAGCAUUUGUCAUGGAAAUCUUCCUUUCUUUUACCUUAAUAGCAGUUGGUAACACAUGUCAUGUUAUAUGGCGGGAACUAAUAAACUUAUGUUCAGCAAGAUAAGUCUAAUUCAGUUUGUGCUUGCUACUUGGUUUUAUUUAUUGGUAUUGCUUUUGCUUAUUAUUGAAAAGUUUGAGAAGACUGUGGCCUUAAUUUAUCUUGAAAGCCUUGUUUGCAAAGUGCAUUUUUUUUUUUAUUUUUUUUUUAUUUUAUUUUUUUUUUUUUUUUUUUUUUUAUUUUUUUUUUUAUAUAUAUAUACAUAAAAGUGGGGGAAAUUCAGGGACGUGAGAAUGUAUGUUGUUUCACAAAAUGGCUGUGACUACAGCUAGGAGUUGGUGUAGACAUACAAUUGAUUACCUUUUUCCAUAUCACAUUUUGUUUUGCCUUGUAUGUAUAUAAUAUAUAUUUAUAUAUAUAUAUAUUAGUAAUAGAUGUAAGUUUGUUAUAUAAUUUACAUACAUGUAUUUACUUGUCUGUUCCAGUAUUGAUUUUCUGUUGUAGAAUCGGUAUAUUAGUCACAAAAAUUGUAAUAUUGUCAUUAGCUCAUAUGUAUACUUUUUCCUCAUGUUGAUAACUGAAAUUUGGACAAUUUUCAGUUUUUUAAAACUAGUUUAUAUAUAUCAUAUGGAGUAAAAUGAAAAUAUAAACCUUAUUGGUUUUC